UGACGGCUCACCCAUCGCGUCCCCGGUGUCUUACCAUAAAACCCACCAACACCCGGGUCACUAUUUUCCAAAGAAAAUCAUUCUUUUUAGUUUUUUUGUUUUCUUUUGUUUUUCGUAAUCUGCUUUCCCACAGACAAGCAGCUGAAAUGGAGUAGCAGCCAUAGGCCCCGAGCAAUCGCUCUCUGAAUCCUCUCUGUACUUUUUGUUUUGCUCUUCUUCCACGGUCAAAACACCCAUUAAUUUAUUAGAUUUGCUCGUUCUUUCAUCUCAAAUAGCUGUUCUUGUUGGCAAUCGUGCUCUUAUUGAAGCAGAAUACAAAAUUAUUUUGCUUUUGAUCCAUAUGUUUUUGGCCAGCUUGAAAAUUUGACAUUUGAUAGAUUUGCUGGACAUUUGGUCUUGCUUCUACCUUCCCAUAUCUAUUUUUGUAUGGUUAUUAUAAGUUCUGCGGCUCAAACCAGAAUUCCGGUGCCUUCAAAACGGCAAACAAAAUGUCGGCCGUUCCGAUUGAGCCCGCAUUGUUACCCACGACGCCGUCUCACUCUUCCUCCUCUUCUUUUGUUCAAUCUCCUCAAAGGAGCCUGUGUUUGGGCGAUAUGAGAGGGGUACGAUGGCGAAUUGAGUUGGGGAUUUUACCCUCAUCUCUCACUUCUUCCAUGGUAGAUCUUCGCCGGGCCACUGCAGACUUACGAAGAAACUAUGCUGCUAUCAGGAGACAGCUUCUCAUUGAUCCACAUGUAUUCAAGGAUCGAAGUAACUCUCCAGAUCUUGUUAUGGACAAUCCACUAUCUCAAAACCCUGAUAGCAUUUGGGGUCGCUUCUUCAAGAAUGCUGAGUUAGAAAGAAUGGUUGAUCAGGAUUUAUCUCGCUUAUACCCUGAGGAUGGUAGCUAUUUCCAAACCCCUGGAUGCCAGGCCAUGUUGCGGCGUAUUUUGCUUCUAUGGUGCCUUGGACAUCCUGGGUAUGGUUACAGGCAAGGAAUGCAUGAACUGUUGGCCCCACUCUUAUAUGUUCUCCACGUUGACAUUGAACAUCUCUCGGAAGUGAGGAAUCUUUAUGAAGACCACUUCACCGACAAUUUUGAUGGUUUCUCAUUUCAUGAAAAUGAUUUGACAUAUAAAUUUGAUUCCAAAAAGUUCUCGGAAUCUCUUGGAGAAGAAGAUAAAUCUGUCAAAACUCCAGUCAAGACUAGUAGUCUUGGUGAACUUGAUCCCAAGAUUCAAUCCGUUGUUCUAUUAAAUGAUGCAUAUGGUGCUGAAGGCGAGCUUGGUGUUCUUUUGUCUUUGAAAUUUAUGGAGCAUGAUGCUUAUUGUAUGUUUGAUGCUUUAAUGAGUGGUGCUGGUGGUGCUGUUGCUAUGGCUGAAUUUUUCUCCCCUUCCCCGUACGGGAACUCACAAACUGGCUUGCCCACUGUCAUCGAAGCUUCUGCUGCUCUAUAUCAUUUGCUUUCUCAGGUUGACUCAUCUCUCCAUAGCCACCUUAUUGAGCUUGGUAUUGAACCCCAGUAUUUUGCACUACGUUGGUUCCGUGUCCUCUUUGGGCGUGAGUUUGCACUUGAAGACCUUUUGAUUAUCUGGGAUGAAAUAUUUGGAUGUGAAAAUAUGAAGUUGGAGAACUCCACAGAAAGUCAAGGGGACUUUGGCUGUAUUGUGCUGAAUUCAUCUAGGGGGGCUUUCAUAUCUGCUUUUGCGGUUUCCAUGAUAUUAAAUGUGAGAUCUUCACUACUUGCAACAGAGAAUGCUACUGCAUGCCUGCAGAAGUUGCUGAAUUUUCCAGAAGAUAUAGAUUUGGACAAGUUGAUAGCAAAGGCGAAAUCAUUACAGAGCUUGGCAGUGGAUGCCAAUAAGUCGACUCCAUUUCUAAGUUAUGAUGGAAUUUACCAGAGAAGCAGGUCAACAUCAGUUAGAGGUCAUAGCCAUUCAUUGGAUUUAACUACUACUCCUUUGAAUUUGCUAGCUGAAACCUACUGGGAAGAGAAGUGGAGAGUUCUGCACAAGGAAGAAGAAAACAGGAAAUGUAUUGAACGGACCCAAGUUCCGGCUCACAAGAAGUCUUGGUCUGAGAAAGUUAAAAUGCGCCUGUCUAGAACUGAGUCAGACCCAUCUCCAUCUACGGUUGAUGGUGUAAGAGAAGUACCAAAGUUAGCUGUUAGAAGAAGUUUGUUAAAAGAUCUGGCUCGGCAGCUUGGGUCAGAUGGAGAUAAAUAUAACCUGGUUCAUGAAGAAAAUGCAGGCCAGAGGGAUUUGGUUGAUGCUAAUGGACAAGACCGAGGUAACAUAGAUUUCACUUGCGCAUCUGAGAAGUGUUUCAGUGCAAAGACUUCUAGUCAACAUGAUUCUUCUUCUUCUGACCCACCUAGCCCUAUUAGUGAUAAUAAUCAUCAGGAGAUUGGAUCAGAUAGAAGCAGUGUUGCAUCAAAUUCGUCUGUCGGGGACAAUAAUGUUGAAGCAUCCAGGCCUAACUUAGAAGGAUCUCCUCUUCCUCCAGAAGGGUUUUUUGUGAAACCUGAGCAAAUUGAUGAAUCUGGGGGAAAUUCCACAGCUUUCUCCAAGGAACGGAAGUUUUUGUCUGGAAAAUUUAACUGGUUUUGGAAGUUUGGCCGGAAUACUGGUGAAGGGACAUCUGGAAAAUAUAGUGGCUCUGAGGUGGCCAAAGCCCUCCCGGAUGCAAACAGUCAGAACAAUCUGGGUGCAUCUUCUACAACUCAUGAAUAUGAUUGUAACGGAACUAGCAAAGGGGAGAGUAUAGACCACAAUUUAUUAAUUUCAUUGAAACAUUUGGGCAGUUCCAUGCUUGAAAAUAUUCAGGUGAUUGAGCAAGUUUUUCAUCAAGAUGAGUCUCAAGUCGGGCCAUUGGAGAACUUGUCCAAGAGUGUUCUUGCCGGUAAAGGACAAGCUAUGGCUGCUUUAAAGGAGCUUCGGAACAUCAGCAAUCUUCUGUCAAAGAUGUAAGAAGCAAUAGUAAUUGAAAUGAAAUCUGUACAGUAUAUAUUUUGUAAUUAGUUAUUCUUGUGAGUGAAAUGAUCAGCUUACUUUGUACUACGUAUUUUAUAGGAUUGUUAUUAUUAUGAGUAUUGUAUCUUUGGUUAAGAUAUACUGCAUCAUGCCACUGUAUUGUACUCUGGAACUUGUAGCAUGAUCAGCUUGGUGUUAGGUAACAUCAUCUGCAAAUGCAUUUUCAUUGGUAGGAUCUCGAUACGGGUUCAUAAGGGAAGUCUUCUUUUCAGAUAUUCAGAAGUAUAUUUGAGUAUGGUAUUUUUGUAAAUUUGAUCUUUCACCAGCCUAUUCCAAAUAUCACCAUCAGCAAGGUCAUAUUAUUAAUUUUCACCUUUUGUAUCUAUGCGACUAUGCCAAGCAUUUGAGCAUUUCCAGCUUUAAAGUUGUGUGAUACAAUCAAACUUUGAUGUGGAAAGAUGUUAUUGAGAUGUAAACAAUGAUUGAUUCUUCUCACGGAUGUUUAUACACCAAGGUGUGAAACAAUUUUUUACACUAGUAGGCAAGG